ACUUUAUCAGUUAGACUCAUUAAAAUAUAAAUAUUGUUAAAUUAUUAAACAUUAAAAAUUAUUUAUUUAGAACUUGUCAUUUGAGUCAUUUGAGACUAUUUUUAAAUCUACUGUUUAAGACGUUUAAGUGUCACAUAACAAUAUAUUGUAAUUUUGAAAAUCAAUAUGGCUGCAGUAAAAAAAAAUAGAGAAAAACAUUCUACAAAAUACUUGAAUCUAACUGAUUUUGAACGUCUUGAAAGCCAUGUUGAGUCUGAAGGCGAUUUGUUGAUCAAAAAAUUAUCCUUAAAACAAACUGAUAAACAUUUAACUCUAGAAAAGCACUUGACUCAAGAGCGUGAUUUUAUUACCAGUCAUGAAUACAUUUCCAUUACCGAAAUUACUAAAGGAGAAAUUACAUUGCCAGAGUUUUGCACUAAAGUCAACAAAGCAUCUUCUAAUACAUUAAAUUAUAAUGCUAAUCAAAAACCUUCGUUAAAAAUUUCAGAUUGUUUGAGUCGUCAUGAACGGGAAUUAGCAUUAUGUGUGAAACCAAAUAGUACUGAAACUAAACUUUUAGAAUUUGCUUUAUCGUGUGAAGCAAAUGAAAUUCCUAAACUAAAUAAUAUAUGUCCUAUUGAUCAUCCAAUCAAUCAUCUUAGUCAAAUACAUGAUGAACAAUUUUAUCAUCUCAAUGCUUCACCAAUCAAAACAUCAAAAAUGAUUAGACGAAAACGAAGACAACUACUGCAAUCGUUUAAAAAACCAAUUGAGAUACCUGAAAAACCAAUAAAACAUUAUUCUAAUCCUAAAUCUCUUUGGGAUUUAAAAGAAGAUUGUAAAGCAAACUCUGGUUUAAAAUUAUAUACAUGUGAAGCUUCUAAACGUACAGAGCAGUGCAUUGGUGUAUUAGAAAUGGCAAAUGAAAAAAAUAAAAUUAAUGAUUUUUCUAGCUCUAUCAAUGGUCAGCGUUUUGUUGCUAAUUGCACUCAAAUUCCAAUAAUUAAUUAUACUAAAAUGAAUGAAGAUCAAUUGAAAACUUUACCUUAUUUUCAAAACUAUCAAAAAGGAAUCCCAUCAAAAAUAUUGUAUGUAAAAAAUAUUUCCAAAAGUGUCAGUGAAAAACAUUUGAUAUCUGUAUUUGGAAAAUACAACAAUUUACAAAAUUCAGAUAUAAUUUAUAGAUAUAUGAAAAAAGGAAAAAUGAAAGGACAAGCUUUUAUUGAAUUUGAAAAAAUUGAAGUGGCAGAAAAAGCAUUAGAGGAAAAUCUUGGACUUAUACUUGAAGAAAAGCCAUUAAUUAUUCAAUUUGGAAAGAAAUGAUUAUUGUUGAUAAUUUAAGUUGCAAGCUCAAGUUCAUUUUGAAAAUAUAAAAUUAAAAAUUGACACUACAAUUUAUACAAGACACAAGUUGCAUCGGCCGUACAACUGAAUCAUUUUGUAACGUAUCAACUCUAUAAAUUAUAAAAAUUUUACUAAAUAAGAUAAUUUUUAUUAUUUUAUAUAUAUUAUUAUGAUAUUAUGCUUUAGUCAGAUAAAUAUAAAAAAAAAUAUAUAUAAUACCAUUGAUUCUAGAAUAGACUAGGUAUUCUGUAUAAUCAAUAAUAAUACUUAGUAGGUACCCAUAUAUCUUAGUCUAUAUGGUAGAAAGUACCUAAUUAUUUAUACUUUUAUUUUUAACAAAGAAAAAUACCUAAAAAUACCCUACAGGUCUAAAAUGCAUAUCACGUACGCGUAAAUUAUAUAGUUCAGUAAAGAAUGUUGAAAUACAACGUUAAAAGUUAAAAGAGUUCAAAGUUUGAAAAGUUGUCGUACGGCAGAUGGUUGUAUAGCUGAUUCACAGUGGUGAUUUAUUUUAUUGCUGUCAAAGAAAUUUAGUGCCGCCAGACGUGUCUGCACUGGCGCUGAGUGCGUAUUUUCUGAUUAUAUAAAAAAAAAACAAAAAGAGUGAGAGAAAUAGAGGAGAAACUAAAAUCGUGAAGAGUCGUGAAGUCAUCGAGAUCAGGACAUUCUGGUGCCCACCAGAUUAUUAUCAAAGGUGGAAAUUAUUUUCAUUCAUUUUAAUUUUAAUAAUAAAUCUGCUGUUGACGUUGCUUAUGCAGUGCCCGCCGUGGGUUUAUUAAUUAUUUUAAAACAUCCGAACAAUUAAAAAUUGUAUUGAUAUGCAUGUGUUGUGAUUAUAUGAUAUACGUGCGAAACUACGAACACGGCCUUCGUUUUUAGAUUUUACAGUGCACACAAUUUGUCUCGUUUCGUUCUUCGUCUGAAAA